AUGGAGGCGUCAGAGGACUCUGAGCUCUGCUUCCCUCAGCUCCUCAACGCCUCCUGCGUGAGGCCGACGCGUCGCCACUAUGAGGCUGGGCUGAGUUACAUCCUGGUGGUCUCCAUCUCUCUGCUCACAACUAUUCUCAACCUGCUGGUCAUCGUCUCCAUCUCACACUUUAAGCAGCUCCACACCUCCACCAACCUCCUCCUCCUCUCUCUGGCCGUCUCUGACUUCUUCGUGGGGCCUCUCCUGCUCUUUCAGGUUAUGUUCGUGGACGGCUGCUGGCUCCUCGGGGACCUGCUGUGCUCCCUGUGUCAGUACGUAGCCUACGUCCUGUCCUCUGUCUCAGUGGGAACCAUGGUUCUCAUCUCCAUCGACCGCUACGUGGCUGUGUGUCGUCCUCUGCAUUACUCCUCUGAGAUCACACAAACACGAGUUCAAGCUUGUGUUAGUUUGAGUUGGAUCUGCUCUGUGAUCUUCCAGACUCUGGUUCUGAUGGACAACCUGCAUCAACCAGGCAGGUUCAACUCCUGCGUCGGCGAGUGCGUCAUCGUCGUUAACUACGUUGCUGGAGUUGCAGAUGUGAUCUUUUCCUUCGUCGCUCCCAUCACCGUCAUCAUCGUUCUGUACAUCAGAGUGUUUGUUGUUGCUGUGACUCAGGCUCGAGCUCUGAGGUCUCACAUGGCAGCUGUUUCUGUCCAGCAUUCAGUGAGAGUCACAGCUCUGAGGUCUGAGCUGAAGGCAGCCAGGACGCUGGGUGUGGUCAUAGCUGUGUUCCUGAUGUGUCUCUGUCCUUAUUACUGUGUGGCUCUGACGGGACAAGACAACCUGAUCAGCGCCUCCUCUGCUUUAUAUACUUUUGUAACAAACUUGUACUCUUUUCAUUCCUGCCUAAACCCCAUGAUAUACGCCUUCUUUUACCCCUGGUUCAGGAAAUCAAUAAAUAUCAUUGUCACACUGAAGGUUCUGCAGCCUGAGUCCGGUGAUGCCAACGUGCUGUAA